CGCUGUCGUAGGGACAGUGAAGCAAUUGCACGUCGGAUCGCGAGCGAACGAUGAAAAAUUAUGCAGAACCGUGGCGAUACCGUGCGAGGAACGGCGGCGAGGCUCGUGCAUAGCGAGACAUAACCGGGGACGUAUAAUCCGCGAAGGUGAAUUAAAAUGAUUAGUGGCAUUCAAAUCGCGCUGAAGAAUGCCAUUGACGUGAUUGCGCCGCCAGCCACGCCGCUGCAAGACUUCACGUACCAUUGGAAACAGUUGAUGAACUUCUAUGUGAACCAUCUGACCAACUGCAAAGCGCCCAUACAGACCACUGGUAUACCUAGACACCUGAACCGGUUGCUGGAGAUUCUAUUGGAGGAGGAGAAAGAAGAGGAUGAGCCGGGCCUAUGUUUGGAGUACCUGUUGCAGCACAAGCUGCUGGACCUACUGGCCACGCUGGCCUGCGCGGAGACGCCACCAGGAAUGAGGACAGUCUGCCUGUCCUUCCUGAGGAAGCUACUGGGAAGAUCAAAAUACCCCCUGUUGCACCAUACCUCGAUUUAUGGACCGGUGCAACGACUGAUCCUUCUAUGCAACGGAAACCCACCGUCCCCAAUGGAGGCUGAAGAAGUUCAAUUCCUCCUUACCCUCUGUUUCCUGGUCUGCAAAUACCCCCACGUGACUAACAUAAUUAACGACGCCCCUAAUGUCCAGAGACAGAGCGUUGCCGCCAGGAUUAACGCCGAACGAAUGGAGAUCGAGAAGGUCACUUACAUACCAGCCAGACGGCGAAAUAACUUUAAUCCUCUGUUCGAACCGCUGGACACACAGGCGAUCACUUUGAUAAAUCCUAAUUUGUUUAACUCAGAGCACGAUAGAAGACGAACAAUCGGACUUAGUAGACCGUCGAACAAGCCUGACACAAGCCGUGGAACCUCUAGUCAAUCGAACGAGUCGGUGUCUUCCAGGGAGGCGGAGAACGCAUCGGAAUCCUCGAGUCCCGCCACUCAAAAACCGAUCUCUGUGUCUACCUCAGACGCCACGGCCCAGAAUUCCGAGUGCCAGGACUAUGAGAUCUCGCAGAAGUUCGAAGACGCGGCGUUGAUGAACGAGAUAGACACACAUUUACAGAAUCUGAGGGAUUUGAGGCUGGACGCUGAGUACGGUGGAUACGAGGACGGUAACUGUGCAGAGAACGACCAGAGUUUGUUGGACUCGAAGACGCCACAGAAGUCUAAAUGCCUUCUAUUAGAUGCCUUGUUGAGUUACAUAAAUACUGCGGACAAUACUGUGAGGAUUCGAGCCUGCGAGGGAAUUAUGGUCCUGGCAUCUCUGGAGGAUCUAUCGUUCGCUCAGAUGAUCGUCAACAGCCAUUUGAUAUCAUUGAUACCCAAUAGAUUAGAGAAUCUAUUCAACGCUAUACCAGCGCACGUCGAUCCAAAUGAGAUCGACGGUGUGGACGUCACGUGGGGUUUAGACUCACCGGUGUGGACGAAGGAGAAAAAGUUCUCCGGGUGCAGACAAGUCGCCGCGUUAAUGAACUUUUUCGAGAGGAUCCUGACUCCGGCGUUGGCCGAACAUCACGUUGUUCUGAUCACAGCGUUGGUCACCAAGUGUUUAAAGGAGCUAACUUCGGCCGCAUUGUGCACAGAAAUCAGUUUCUGGCUGGUGGGACAAGACCGAGGUCCGGAAAUACCUAGUGUAUGGACGUCGCCUGUAUUGCACCGGUUGAUAGACAACUGUUUCACGGACAGCGAGGACUUAACGUUGGAAACGUUGAAGCUGUUCGAGGAAAUGAUCGAGAAAAGGAACGAGCAUAUAUUACACUGUCUCGUAUUGGUUUAUCUGUCGACGAGGGGGUAUUAUGACAACACCGCUGCUGACAGUGCAAUUGCGUCGUGGAGUGAUGAGGAAGACGAACGAGAGAGGGAGAAAAAGGGAUCGUUGGAUCUUUCCUACGAGCAGAGUCACAGCCGAACACUGGCACCUAGUAACAUUCACAGAAUAGUAAAUUGCUUCCUGUCCCUGAUUCCGCGCUAUCUCCAAACGGACACGGACGUGAACAAUUACGAGCGUUACAUGGCCGACUUGGAGAGGCAGUAUUCUACAGUGCUAUCGGACUGUUCUUUGAUGGCGUGGCCGUUGGAAGCGGUGACGGUCGACGACUCGGCGAGCUCCGACUCCAGACCGGAAGCGGACCACUGUUCCGUACGGUUUUACAUGGGCCCGUUCAUGGCCAUGCUUUUCGAGAAGGUGGCCAAUAUACCGCGGCAAAAGUACGAGAUCAACCUACAGCUGACUGUGGUGAUCUCGAGGCUCGCGCUGUUACCUCAUCCGUACCUGCAUGAAUUUUUACUGAAUCCGCUGCUACCGCUUGCACCCGGGACAAAAAACUUGUUCACUUGCCUGCAAAAAGUCGUCAAACAGCUCGUGAACGAGGUACCGAAGUCGCCGGAUCACAAGCAAAUGUUGAAGGAGACGAGGGAACGUCUUCUCGAAGAGUGUUCCCACGAUGGAGAGAAGGAGAACAUUUUGUUCGAGAGUGUGAUCGUCACGGAAGAAUUCUGCAAAGAACUCGCAGCGAUAGCUUACGUUAAGUACCACCAUUCUAUGUGAUAAUUAAUAUCAAAGAUUUAAAUCCUAGGUAUUGUUUAUGUAUUACGGCCGAGUAUUUUACUUAAUGAUUAUCAUACUAGAUACGCUUAAAUAGACAAAUUGUUUUCUUUUGUGAUGACCUUGUAAGAUACAUAAACGUAUUUA